AUGCAACCUAUGCGGAUGCUUUUUCACACCGACUGCGACCCGGAGCCGACGGGUGAAUGGUGGGACGAAGCCAAAAUGAUACCCAUUUUGGAAGUUGUAAACCACGAAACGCCGAAGACAAUAUUUGGAAAGACCAUCUUGAUGGGGAAUCACAAGUCCGACAUUUUACGACUCGAGGUCCUAACUCAAUAUGGUGGAAUUUAUCUCGAUUUAGAUAUCUGGGUAUUCAAGUCGACGGAUCACUUGCGGUACUACGAUUAUACAACGAACAGGGCGGGGCCAGCCAGGCUGAGCGCUGGAAUCAUAUUCACCGCAAAAGAUUCAAAGUUCUUGCGACUUUUUCACGAGUCGUACCGGGAUUUCGACAUGGAAUGUUACGCCUGUACCCCGAUAUACGGCCAAAACGAACUGGCAUUCAAGAACCAGGAACUUUUGCACGUCGAACUGUUCAAAUUCUGUAAGAAAAUGGAUGGCUUUCAGGUGUACGAUGAUCUGUAUGUUAACCCGAUGGACUGGUCUCUGCCUCGGUAUGCCAUUCAUUUCGACCACUGGGGAGUUACCAGAAACCAGCAGGAAUUUCCCAAUCCAGAGAAUAUUAAAACUAUGGACAACGCUGCUGGAGAAGUUGCUAGGUACAUUUAUUAUGGAUCGAGGCGCAAAUUAACUCCCGACAGUUCCAUACCGCCCUGGUACAAACAAUCACAGGACAUUUACAACUAA